CGGUCGUCUCGGGAUGCAACAUUUGGCUACGGCAGCAUCGGAUGCCAGAUUUGCCUUGCUACUUACCGUGCGCGAUAUGCCCAACUAUCCCGGGUUACUGCCUCGGGAAACCUUGAACAACAAGGGCGCGCUGGGGGCAGCAGGAUAGCGCUAGCAUCGAGCAACCCCGCAACCGCAGCGCAUGGCCCAGGAUCAUGGCGUUUGGAGUUCUUUCGUGAAUGAUCUUCCCGCCCGUGUGAGGGCGAGUGUGACUGAGACGGCGGCUUCGACUACGGCCACUGCGACUGCGACUGCGACUUGGUAAGCAAGUACCCAGAGUCCCAUGACGCCAGCGAUGGAGAGGCCCAGGACCGAGUACAUGGCCGCCAUGUACCUUUCGUGUUGGCCAGCGACAUUCGAUGAGGCCAUAUCAGGACCCGGGCCUCUCAUCCACGGCGCACACCCUCUUUCAACCUUCGACCCCUCCUCUGCGCAUGCAGUAGAGUCCACUCUCGUCGACAUGUUGUUUGCCAGGCAAUCCAGGCCCGCUUUGAGACAAAAGAACAUCGUCAUUCCGCCAUCGCUGCCACUCGUGAUUAUCGCCUCGGGCACGUUGUCCGCCGUCUCUGGACGGAGCAAUGCUCUCAACCCCGGCACCCAGCUCCCGUCAGCUUUGCCAGCUCCGCCAGCCGUGGCCAGACCCUCUUCAGACCCUCUCCAGACCCUCUCCAGGUCCUACCCCCAGCUCAUCGAUCGCAUCAUCCACAAUCAAAUCGCUCCCCCCCACCGCGAAGGAUCAAUGGCCAGGGGAUUGAUGUAUCUAGACCGCCCGAGGUCCGGCAGGUAGCUGAAUUCGGCUCCGACUUACGUCUCAGGCCGCUUCCCAUCCCGACAGUCGAUCAUGGUCCAUGAUUCACGUCUGCAUCACCCGCAGCAGC